AUGUAUCAUGUUAGAAGCCAUGGCGACGGAUCCCUUCACGAAACUCUGACGCUAUUGCUUGCUUGGGGUGCCGGAAUAGUCAAGCCUUCUCAUAGUUCAGAUAAACCUGGUAAGCAAAUUGAAAAAUUGCCUUCACUCACCGGCGAAUUCCUUCGUUCUACCAAUACUAAAGAUAUAGAUUCCAAGCUCGAUAAUUUUGAGUUGCCGGUCCAUAACUAUGGCGUUAAGCGUCACAUUGUGCAGCAAGCCGAUAUUUGCCCCCUUAUUGCUGGACUCUUGGGUGCUCCGAUUCCUGCCAACUCUGUUGUGAGCUAA